AUGGAGAAACACGCCACGGCCAGAGGCUUUUGCCUGUGCCACUUAAUUUGUGUGUGGUAUCAGACUGGACGGAUCGGUCUAUAUUUGGGUUUCUAUAAUGUUGGCUAUGCAGAGCAAUUGCGACGUUUCAUUUGUGACGAACAACUAUAUGUCCACAUAAUGGCGGUGGUUAAUUUAUUGGCCAGUUGGCUUUAUCUAUGCUUCAGUCAACGCUGGAUUUUUGAUCAGUUUGUGAUGAUGCUCUAUGUGCCGCUGUAUGUGUACUUUUUGAUUCUAAGGAAACAUCUGACGAAUCUCCUGAAUGAGUGCGCCGGUAUCCAAAAAUCAAUGCAAAUCAUACUUGGCAGUCGACUGUGUGUAAAGAUUCACAAGGAGUGUGUUUAUACCUUGAUGCUGAUAGUGAUGUUUAUCCUGCUGAUUAUCUGGCAAAUCCGAAUUUAUUCGGUUUAUCAGGCUGUUUUCAUAUCGGGCGUGGGAUUUAUCUAUCACUUGGAACUGCUUUUCUUUGGCAAUUAUCUCAUAUGGCUGGGCUGCAUCUAUCGGGCCUUGAACGAGUUCCUCAGGCAGGACAUGAGAAGCGAUAGACUGUAUAUAUUACAGGGUGUGCUUAAGCAACAGACAAUCCUCUGGAGAGUUCAUCGCAAUGUUUCACGAUACUUUGCCCUUCAUGUGCUGAGCUUUAUGAUCAAGCCAGGCAUUCAAGUGCUCAUGAUACUCAAAAGCUCAGGACAACAUUUGAAUGUUCAAAUGAUUCACAUAACAUUGCAUUUACUUCUUGUGGCAUUAUUUUUGGUAAUUGCUUACAAUCUGCAGAAUCAGCAUCGGAAAUUUCAAGGGAGUUAUCUGAGAUUAGCCGAUGAUCCAAAUUAUUUUGUUCUGAAAUCAUGGCGUUUAUUGCAACAUCGAACUCUGCCACAGGCCUUUGGUGUGACCUUCAUGCGCAGACGUAAAAAGGACAAAUAUAAAAAGGAUGUGGUGUCAUUGAUGUUCUCUAACAAUUUUCCUGCGCUGCAAUUAAUAAAAACCCCUCUAGUUUUUGCCACUUUCGGCUUAAAAAACAUGGAGUUUCGUCUUACGUUGACUAUGCUAAGGAUCUGUUUGCAAACUCACAUACGUGAACUUCUCCUACUGCUCAGUCUUCGUUUACUUUUCCACAAAAACUUAACUAUCGAUGACUACGACUAUGAUUCCCAGGACAAUUUCAAUGGAAAUGUGACCCAAACAAUUAGUCAACUGUAUCGCUUUUAUUUCUACGAUGAAUUCGAAUGA